AUGGAUGCCACCCCAGAUCGAAUGUCGCAUUGCUCGGAGCUAUCUGAUUCUGCUUUGGGGUCCUCUUUCGAAGCGGCUUACGCCGAGUUGGAUGGCGCAGAGGCUCCCCCAUCUGCGGAUAUGGUGGCAGAACUUGAAAGUGGAUUGCUACCAGUUUGCGGAUUGGAGAGCCAUGAGCGUGGAAUUGUGUUGCUCAGAAAGUCAUUAGCAGCUGGCCGUGAUGAGCAGGACUGGAUGCCUACCCAAAUGAGCAGUCCAAGCCCUCGCUGGGGCGGGCAAGACGAUUGGCAGCAUAUGCGGCCUUGCUUGCUGAAGCAUUUGUUGCCCACAUCGGCGGCUUUGCCGCAUGAUCUUGUCAUCAUUCCUGCUACUUAUUUCAGAGACCCACACUUCCAAACGCCAAACGCCGAAGAAGAUUGUGUUCUGGUUUCUGGAGGUGUGAGCAAUACCUUCCACGAAGGUGCAACAGGUGGUUGCCAUUUUAUGCCUUUGCUUCGAGAGAAAUGCAAGAGGGAAUACGAAGUCAAGGCAUCUUUAUCUAGCAAAUGGAGGGACAUGGCCAUGGCGGUGGAAGGGCGCAUGGGGCACAUAGCUUUCUUAGAAGAGAGGGUCCGGGAUGCGGGCGAUUGCUAUUUCCACAGUGUGUUGCUCGCCUUGCACUUCAAAGGUGUUAUCUUUCAAGUUGAAGAAGUUUCCGGGCCAUUGAUGGAAGAGGUUGUCAGUUGCCCCAUGGGCGCUGAGUGCUCUACUCCGGGUUCCCAGCAGGUGCCAGCUGCCCAGACCGCAGGGGUGUGCUCUACUCCGGGGUCCCAGCAGGUGCCAGCUGCCCAGACCAGCCCGUCGAUGGCCCGCACAACGCCCAGCCAAACACAAUCUGAGCGGCGUCUAGCUUGUGAUCCAAGAGGGCUAUGCUUCGAGGACGCCUUGGCUGAGGAGGAAGUGGGAGACAACAUCCUGAAGGACCCGGUUUUGGAGUUGCUGGUCAAAAUCAAAGAGGCGACCAAUGCUGCAGAGCUCGACAAGCUUUUGUUUCCGGAUCGUAUGUUCAUUGAUGCGAAGAACAAAGAUAGUGUCUACGAUCUGGUCAAAUCCAACUUGAAGUUGGCUUGGGAGGACAAGAGGAACCAUCGGCAAUUGAGUGAAGAGGCGGACUUUGACGUGCGGCUGCGCACCGCGACUCCCAUGGCUGAGGCCAUCCACACAGUGGCUCGGGCCAAAGGGGUUGCUACAGAAGCCUUGCUGAGCUGUGUGGAGUGCAACAUUGGCUUCUUGGAGGCGCCAGGCACAACCAUCACCCACAACAAGCGCAGCAACCAUGACAUCAGCACUGGGAGCCCCGUGAUCAUCGGGUCCGCCUCUUCAUCCAGGAAGAGUGCUUUGAUCAAGAUGACAGAUGAUUGGCUCACAGGCACCCCAGGAGCAAGCCCAGAAUUUGCCGACAAGUCCGUGUUGACGACUGAUUGCACCACCAAAGGUGUCAGAAACUGCUUGCAAGAGUUUGGAAGGUGUGGAGUUAGCACAGAUGAGGCUGCUAACACGUUCGAAACCAAAUUCUCGGACAAGGAAUCUGGCAUUCAUUUUGUGUCUGUGACAAAGCUAAACACAUGGACGCAAUCUGAGUUCGACGGCAGUGCCACUGGUCACAGCAAGACAUCCCUUGACAAGUACCAGUUCUUGCUCAAAGCGGCUGGGCAAACAGAGGUGGCCGAGCAAAUUGCGCAGCCAAAAGUCCAUGGCUUUCAGAAGAGGCUUAAGCAGGCCAGCGAAGAUCUGGUGGCUGCUUGGCACGCGUGGAUGCAUGAGCACUGGGCGGCUGGGCCGCCGCUCAAACUGGCGCUGGAUGGGAGAGCGCUGUCCAUGUACCAGGCUGUGAAGAGCGCAAUUGCCGACUUCAUGGCCGAAACCAAAAUGCCAGUGGUCUACAAAAGCAAGUUGAUGUUUUGGCACAGUGACAUCCUGCGGGACUGCCACAAAGUAUUCCGAGCGACUCAAUUUCUGCAGUCGAUGUCCAAAGCGCAUAGUGCCCCCCCGUUGCAGCGGGAGUCCAUGUCACUGGACGAGUUCACCUGCGCGCUUCACAAAUGGAUUUGCCAGGUGAGAACACACUUCGCCAGCUACAGGUUUGCUGCAGCCAAGCAAGAAGAGGCGUCUGUGUCCUCCGGGCAUGCCAGUGCUGGGCAUGCCGCAGUCUUGUUGGCAGUGGAGUCUUCGCUCCCGGAACCUACACAGGAGGAUUUGUUCAUGAAGAAUUUGAUGGCUCGUGCUCCUCACAACACAUGGUUUACUUCUGCAGAUGUCCGCUGCUGGUUGAAAAACAAGCGAGGACAAAGCUACAAGGGCAACUUGAGUGAGAAGAUCGAGAAAGCAAUUGGACACUUGGUCGACCAUGGCCUCCUGGAUUUGUAUGAGCCUGAGACCCCACCAGCCGAAGGCAAUACUGCUUCAUUCACCGAGCGAGCUGCUAAACGGCAUGGGUCAUCAUCAACGACCGGCAAGGCAGGCAACGUGGCAAAAAAACGCGGCCUGAGUGAGAUUCAGAAUGAUGAAAAGGCUGACCAGGAGAAGCAAAGGCUGCGGCUGAGCGCAAACGACUUUUCUGCAUGA